AAGGCACUUCUAGCCGCUAUUUUACUCAUGUCAUUCAUAGACAGAUCUCAAGCCUCAACGCAGCCGAGCGGUCCUGUGGACUGGCGGCCCGAGCAUAUCGUUCUCACCGAUGCGGCCUAUCCAGGCUACAUCCUCCGUCUUUUGAGUUACUAUGGACAGGCAUUCCAAGUGCUUCAGGGUUUGCCGGUCGUCCAGAAUGAUUACAAUCUGCAGGAAAGCAGCCUGAAGGAGUCAAAUACGUUCGCUCUCAGCGACGGCGGCCACCUCAUGGUUUGCGGUCCCCUCAAGUGGCUGGCGUCACGCAUGGUUCCUCAAAGCUCUCAAUCGUCCCUCGUCGGCUUGGACUACAAUGAGCCCGACGCGAGCUUCUUCAACGGGGACGAAGAAGACGAAGACCAGAAGGGUGCUCUGACGAGCACCCCAUUGGUCGUGGGCGAGAACGUCAACGGCACGUUCAAUCCCACGUACCAAGCGAUGGUGCAUAUCGUACCGCACAAGCAUCGUCUCACGUUUUCCAGAGGGAAUAAAAUCGGUAUCUUGCCAGAAAACCGUGACCCCGGCUUCAUGGUCCUCGCGGAGGACAUGGGAGAUCUCAUACUCACCACAAACAAGGGGGCGAACUUCAGUAUCGUUGAAGGUAACGAAAACGGCACCUUCAAACUCGUCAAGUACACGAGGAGACGGGUGAAGAUCGCUAGCCAAAGUCGGCUGGACCGAGAAGAGAAAGAGAUCCGGAACCUUGUCAUCAAAGCUCAAGCAGGACCUGAGGUGGCCUAUGUCAACGUCACCGUCAGAGUGAAGGACGAGAACGACAACCCACCGAUUCCUCUGCAAAACUCCUAUGAGUUCCGUGUGCGAGCCGAUGCUGAACCGCAGACCGUUAUCGGUCAGGUCGAGGGCAAGGACGCUGACGGCGAUCAGAUCAUCUACAAACUGGUAGAGAGAAAUCCAUUAAUUGCCAUGGUGCCCAAAACCGGUCAAUUGGUGCUCACCCGUAAACCCCUCGAGGAAUGGGAGCGUAACUCCCAGCUCAAGACGCUCGCCAAGGAGGAUAUCCUUGAACCUUCGGAUCUGGAAAGCGAUCUCAAAAACCUGGAAAAUACCGUCGACAACGUGGAGGGAAAGAAACCGAGCCCCCAGAACAGCGAGAGAGCGACUGAAGAUCUCUACGUCGUCACGCUCGACCUGAAGGCAAUCCUCAACGAUACGCGACCCUUCAACCGAAUGUCUUUCGCUAGUGCUCCGGUACCCGUCAAGAUUCACAUCAUUCCGCCCGAGGGACGGCUCUCGCCAGAUCCAGGAAUCGACAGCUUCAUGAGAUACAUCGAGGACAAUCGCGACGGAAAGCGUGAAGACGAGGAGUCGAAACAUCGAAGUCGACGUUCGACUCCUCUCGGAUCCAUUCGACCCACAAAAAGUUAUAAGUUCAAGGAGACGGACGGAAGCACUCCCAAUAAAACCGUCUUCACUUUGGAUAAAAAAUACACCGGAGAAUCCUUCGAGCUAGAAGCCCCCAACAGGUGGGUUACGAUCCUAGCGAACGGAGAGGUCAAAGUCAAGGAGAAGUGGGACUACGAGCAGCUGGACAAGGAGAAGACCAUUGACUUCUGGGUUUUGGUGAAGCAGCAGAAUCGACCCGACAAGGAACGGCAGCGCAUUAUCAUUCACAUCACGGAUGUCAAUGAUGAGAGGCCUUAUUUCAUCAACAGACCGCUACCGAUGCAAGCCGUCGUACAGCUAAACGCCCCGCCCAGCACUCCCGUCUUCAAGCUGCAAGCUCGCGACCCCGACAGCGACCACAAUAUCCGAUACACGAUCGUGCGGGACAGAAGUGGCCAACGCUUCGAAGUGGAUGCCCUCUCUGGCGAAAUCAUCACUGUGGGCAAUGCUCCUUUUAUGCUGGACAAGGAAUACGUGCUCUAUGUCAAAGCCGAAGAUCUCAGCGGACCUGAGGGAGAACGACAGUAUCAGAGCACGAAAGAAGAACGGCUGUCCAUUGUCGGAGGAAAGCGCCCUCCACAGUUCUACGUGCCUCAAUACGAGGCGACGAUUCCCGAAAGCCAGAAGAAGGAUUCCGACAUCAUCGAAGUCAAAGCCAAAUCGUUCGCCGAUCGAGAGAUUCGCUACACGCUGAGGGCUCAGGGAAAAGGAGCGGGAACAUUCAACAUCGGCCCAACCUCCGGAAUUGUCAAGCUUGCCAAAGAGCUCGAUUACGAAGAUCUUCGCCAGCCGAAAAGCUAUCAGCUCGUGGUCACCGCGACCGAAGACUCUGGAGGAUUUUCCACUUCGGUCGACCUCGUUAUUAAAGUGACAGACGUCAACGAUAAUGCGCCUCGGUUCGAGCUCCCCGACUACCAGGCGCACAAUAUCGACGAAGAUGUCCCGAUCGGGACGUCGAUCCUCAAAGUCAAAGCCACCGAUAUGGACACAGGCCGAAACGCCGAGAUCACUUACUCGCUGGACAAAGAAGAUUUCACCAUCGACUCGAAAGGAAACAUCUACUCGAACAAACGGCUCGACGCGGAUGUGAAUAACACCUAUGUUCUGACUGUUAAAGCGACCGAUAGAGGUGAACCGCCUUUGACCGGAACCGCAACCGUCCGGAUAUACACAGAAAAUAAGAACGACGAAGCUCCAAAAUUCUCCCAGGACGUCUACACUCCGAACGUGGACGAAAACGCCGGUCCAGGAACCUUGGUCACAACAGUAGUCGCCUCAGACAAAGAUGGUGACAACGUCCUCUUUGGAUUCGUCAACUCAGGCACAACGAGUGGAAUGUUCCAAAUCGAGGAAAGAACCGGAGUGAUCCGGCUUAUAGACACCGGAAAAAUUAACCUGGACAGAGAUAAGUACGAGCUGAACGUGACGGCCAGGGACGACGGCGCCUGCUGCAAGAACGGCGCCCUUACGCCCCAUACCUCAACGGCCCUCGUGGUCGUGUUCAUCACGGACGUUAACGACAAUAAGCCCAUCUUCGAGGAUUGCAGUAGCUACGCACCGAAGGUUGAAGAAGGAGCUCAGAGCGGCACAUCGGUCAUCCGAGUCCGGGCCAAAGACAACGACAAAGGCCACAACGGACAGGUUCGCUACUCGAUGGUGCAACAGCCCAACCAGAAAGGAACCAAAUUCAGCGUCGACGAAGUGACCGGAGAAAUCCGCACCAACAAAGUAUUCGACAGAGAGGGUGACGACGGACGCUUCGUUUCGGUGACGGUGAAAGCCACCGACCGAGGUAGUCCACCCCUCGAGGGCGUGUGCUCGUUCAAAGUUGAAAUCACCGACGUCAACGACAAUCCCCCGCUCUUCGAUCGACAGGAGUACCGGGAAAACGUAAAACAAGACACCCAGAUAGGGAACCCGAUCCUGCGGGUGUCUGCCAGCGACGAGGACGCCGACCUGAACGGCGUCAUCGUCUACAACCUCACCGCCCCGUACGAUCCCGCCGAUCUACACUAUUUCUCGAUCAACCCAGAGAGCGGAUGGAUCCAGCUGCGAAAACCUCUCGACCGAGACUCGUAUCAUCUGCGUGCCAUCGCGACGGACAAAGGCACGCCGCAGCAUUCCGCCACAGUGGAAGUCGUCAUCGACGUCGUCGACCGAGCAAACAAUCCCCCGAUCUGGGACCAGCCCGUUUACGGACCUAUUUUCAUCAAAGAGAACCUCGAAGUGGGUUCGAAGGUGAUCUCGAUCAAAGCUCGCUCUGGGAUUCCUGACAAUCCUGAUGUGUUCUACACGCUCAUGAAGGGCAGCACCGAACAGACGAACAAGAAGGACACGUUCUAUCUGAACCAGCGAAACGACGGCGGGCACACUUGGGCCGAGCUGUUCGUGAACUAUCCGCUCGACUACGAAAAGAUCCAACAGUACAACCUGACGAUUCGCGUCGAGAACAACGGCAUCCAGCAACUGGCCAGUGAGGCGACAGUGUACAUUGUUCUGGAAGACGUGAACGACGAAAUUCCUCUAUUCAUUGAGCGAGAGCAGGAAACUGUACUCGAAGGAAUGCCUUCGGGAACCAAGGUCACCCAAGUGCAAGCCGUGGACAAGGAUGGCACUUACCCUAACAACAAGGUGUACUACGCAAUCGAGUCCAAGGAUCAAGGCGAUAAAUAUUUCACCAUUGAUCGGGAGACUGGCGACAUAUACACCAAGGUUGAAUUCGACCGAGAGGAGAAGCUGGCGUAUGCCAUCCAGGUUCGCGCAGAGGACGGUGCGGCGUCCGCUCGGCCACACAUCCGAGGCAAUCAACCGAACGCGGUCACCAAAUACAUCCGUAUCGGCAUCGGAGACAAAAACGACAACCCCCCUUACUUCUCACAAGCGUUGUACGAGGCGGAAGUCAACGAAGACGAAGAUGUACAACACACCGUGAUCACUGUCACUGCGAAAGAUAAAGACGAGUCUUCCCGCAUCCGAUACGAGAUAACCCAAGGGAACAUAGGAGGCGCCUUUGCGGUCAAAAACGAAACCGGGGCAAUUUUCGUGGCAGGCCCGCUGGAUUAUGAAACACGAAAAGAGUACCGACUGCGACUGGUAGCGUCGGACAACCUCAACGAGAACCAUACGACAGUGUUGAUUCGUGUCAAGGACGUUAAUGACAACGCGCCCAUUUUUGACCGACCUACGUAUGAUGCUCAGAUCGUGGAGGAAAACGAUCGCAAUCUUCCACAGAAAAUCCUUACGUGAGUUGAUUUACAGUACAACUUGACCCUUGUGGCUUCGGAUACGUACCACGAGAACCACACCGUCGUCAAAAUCAAAGUCAAAGACAUCAAUGAUCUCCCCCCGAAAUUCGACCGUCCUUCUUACGAAGCGACCAUUCCCGAAGAAGACGAUACCGACCUCCCGAAGAAGAUCCUGCAGGUAACUGCCACGGACGGAGAUCGAGACCGCGAGUCUGAUAUCGUCUAUUUCUUGACUGGUCAAGGGGUAGACAACACCGAUUCCGAAAAUAACAAGUUCGCCAUCAAUCAAACGACCGGAGAAAUAUAUGUGCUCAAGCCCCUGGAUAGAGAUUUACCGCACGGACGAUCUCAGUGGCGAUUCACAGUAUUUGCAGAAGACGAAGGCGGCAAUGGUCUUGUAGGAUUUGCUGACGUGCUCGUCAAUCUGAAAGACAUCAAUGACAACCCGCCUUUCUUCGCGGGAGGUGUCUUCUCCGGCAACGUAACAGAGAACGGAACAGCCGGGAUGACCGUUAUGACGAUGACGGCCACUGAUUACGACGACCCUAUGGAGGGCACGAACGCCAAACUGACCUAUUCAAUUGAGCAGAACCAAGUAAACGAGAAUGGCGAACUCAUAUUCGCCAUCGAUGAGGAGACCGGUGUGAUCUCCACAGCGGUUUGCUGUCUGGACCGGGAGACGAAUCCCGAGUAUACCAUCAAGGUAGUGGCGGUUGACGGUGGUGGUAAUAAAGGAGCGGGGACCGCCACCAUCAAAAUAAAGGACAUAAACGAUAUGCCCCCCGAAUUCACCAAGAAGGAAUGGUAUGUCGAGGUGGAUGAGACGGAGGCCGAUAACAUCCCAGAAGCGCCCAUCUUGGUGGUUUCAGUCAACGACGGUGAUCUGCUGGAGACCAACAGAUUCUCUUACAAAGUCAUGAACAACUCGUUUGGGGCCGAUCGUUUCACGAUGGUCACAAACUCUGACGGGACAGGAUCGCUCAAAAUUGCCAAGCCUCUCGACUACGAAGACCUGCAGCAGAGGUACGGUUUCAACGUGACCAUUCAGGUCAGCGACAACGGCGGUGAAAGUGCUGAUCCAUAUCAUUUGGACUAUGCCAAGGUUCGUGUGAGACUCCGCGACAUCAACGACAACCGACCGGAAUUCGAAAAGCCCAACAUCGAGGUUUCGGUGCCGGAGAACUCGACGAUCGGAUCCAGCCUCGCGACAUUCAGAGCCACCGAUGCUGACCAGGGAGGCAAGUCGAAGGUCAGUUACCAAAUCGACCGUAGCUCCGACAAACGACGCCAGUUCACCAUCAACAACAGUGGCGUGGUCAAGAUCCAACGGCCCCUGGAUCGGGAGGAAACCCCCAGACACCAGGUUAAAAUCUUGGCCAUCGACGACGGAACCCCGGCCCGCACCGCCACGGCCACGCUGACCGUGGUGGUUUCGGACAUCAACGACAACCCACCGAGGUUCCAGUACGACUACAGACCGGUAAUUCCCGAGAGAGCCCCGCCCAUGAAAGUCCAGGAGAUCCUGGCGACCGAUGACGACGACAGAUCCAAGAACAACGGGCCGCCCUUCACUUUCCGAAUGGAUCCCAAUGCACCCGAAGAAAUCAAAGAUUUGUUCCGAGUCGAACACGAUCCUACCGGCGCUAACGGCGACGGAAUGGCAGUGGUACAUUCGAAGGAGCAGUUCGAUCGAGAAGUUCGCAAAGAAUUCCUUGUCCCCAUCUUGAUAAAGGACUCUGGCAGUCCCAGCCUGACAGGGACAUCCACCCUCACCGUAAUCAUCGGCGAUACCAACGAUAAUCGUAUGCAUCCCGGUGCGAAAAACAUAUUUGUAUAUAAUUUCAAGGGCGAAAACCCCCCGACGAAAAUCGGUCGCGUUCACGUCGAAGAUUUCGACGAUUGGGAUCUUCCCGACAAAACGUUCUUCUGGGAAAACAACAAAGAACACGAGAACUUCGAACUGGACACGGACACGGGCAUGAUCACGAUGAAGAACGUCACCGGGGGCGGACUCUACGAGUUGAGAUUCCUCGUCUACGACCGUAUGCACACCCAGGAAGCGACGGCGAACGUCACCGUCACGGUGAAAGAGAUCCCCGAGGAGGCGAUCCACAACUCGGGCUCGAUACGAAUCGCGGGAUUGAGCGAUGAGGAUUUCAUUCGAGUGUGGGACUGGCAGAAGAAGCAACAGGUCAAGUCGAAAAUGGAGGAUUUCCGCGACAUUAUAUCGGAACUCGUCAAGACCAAGCCGGAAAACGUCGACAUUUUCUCCGUCAUCCUGAAACAGGAACGACCACCGAUCACAGACGUGCGCUUCGCCGCACACGGCUCGCCCUACUACAAGGCGUCGAUGCUCAACGGGCUGGUGGCUUUGAACCGCCAGCUGAUCGAGCGCAAGGUCGGCAUAAACAUCACUCAGGUCGGCAUCGACGAGUGCAUGUACGAGAACGUCAACUGCGAAGGCAGCUGCAGCAACGAGCUCGUCGUGGAAAAGAACCCGGUCAUGGUGAAUGCGAAUAGGACAUCGUUCGUGGGAGUGAACGCUUUCGUGCGCUCGGUGUGCGAGUGCUUGGCGCGCGAUUACUCCCCGGAAAGCCAACGCGAACGAACCUGCCGCAGCAAGCCCUACCCGUGCUUCAACGGAGGUCGUUGCUUCGACACCCAUACCGGAAUUCAAUGCAAGUGCACUCCAGGCUUCCACGGGCCUCAAUGCCAACAGACGACUCGAUUCUUCAACGGCAAAGGCUUCGCGUGGUUCCCUCCUCUGCAGCAAUGCGAGAGCAGCCACAUGUCCCUGGAGUUCAUGACAACUUCUCCUCAUGGCCUGCUGCUAUACAACGGACCUAUUGCGAUGCCCGACGCCGACGAGUUCGUCGUGCAGGAUUUCGUGAGUCUCGAGCUCGUCGACGGAAAACCCCGUCUCCUGCUAGACUUCGGCUCCGGGACCGUGGAGCUCACUGUCACGCCAGAAGAUCCAGUCCACGACGGCUCCUGGCAGAGAAUCGACCUGUACUGGGAUAGACAAACCGCGCGAAUCACCCUCAAUCACUGUAUGCAGAGCAGAUACCUCGACGCUAACGGAGGAGACCGUAGCCGCUGUGAAAAUGUCACCACACUGGAAAACCCCAUUCCCCCAUUCAACGAGUUCUUGAAUGUGAACAGUCCGCUACAACUGGGCGGUGUGCAUGUAACGAAAGAACUCACGCAGGCCUACGAUUGGGCAUACAGACCGAACAUGGUGGAUGGCUUCAACGGCUGCAUCAAGAACGUUAUCCAUAACAGUGAAAUGUACGACCUCGCCAGUCCCGGCAGCAGUUUCAAUUCCGUUCCCGGAUGUCCACCCGCGGAAACGUCCUGCUCCGAGUCCGGGCACGCGCACAGCUGCGGACACGGACACUGCGAAGGCUCGUACCGGAACGCCGACUGCGUUUGCGAUCCGGGAUACUCCGGACCGAACUGCGAUAGGGAAACAAGCUCGAAAAUGUUCCAGCAAUCCUCUUACAUCAAAUACGCGCUGUCGUUCGACCCUCAUCCGUUCCGUACGGACCUACAACUUCAGUUCAGAACUCGCCAGAAGAACGGAGAGCUACUCCGACUUAGCAGUAAACACGGCAGAGAGUACGCCAUUCUUGAGAUCCGUGACAAGAAACUGAGGUUCCGCUUCAACCUAGAUAGGCAUCGAACAUCUGAAGAGAAGGAACUAUGGCUACCUUACGUAUCUGUCAACGACGGGCAAUGGCAUACGGUUAAAGUCAUGCGCUUCGGUGCCAUUGCUACAAUCGCCUUGGAUGGCGGUUGGGGCAAGCGGUUCAAUGAGCUACUCGAUUUCACUUCGCCUCAUCAAUUGCUAGCUGUUGAAAAGCAACAGGUGCUCGCAGGAGGUGACGUCCAGUACGUCGGGCCGGGGGUUACCGUCGUUGACAACGAUUUCCAGGAAGGCUGUAUGAACGACAUCAGAAUAGACGGCCGCACCCUGCCCAUGGAAAGUGGGUCGGAGAGCGCUGCCGUACUGGAAUUCCGUAACCUCAUCGACGGCUGCCCCUCGAACAAUCCGUGCCACGGCAUAUCUUGUCCCAGGCCCUUCGUCUGCGUAGACUUGUGGAUGCUCCACGAAUGUCGAUGCUCACCUGGUUUUACCAUAACCGAAGACGGAAAGAAUUGCACUGACCUGGACGAAUGCCUCGCCGAACCUUGUCUCAACGGGGGCACUUGCGUGAAUCGUAGAAACGGCGAAGGUUUCUACUGUAUCUGCCCCGAAGGUUUCGGCGGGGAGCUUUGCGGAGCACUCCGACAGGAAAAAAUCAUGAGGCUUAGCAUGGCUGCACUUGCAGCUAUCUUGGUUUGUCUUCUGAACAUCCUCAUCCUAGUGUUGGUGAUCGUGGCGUAUACGCGAUCCCGUCGGCCGGACCAGAAGUUCGGCGGCGGUCCGUGCGAAGAUGACAUUCGAGAGAAUAUCAUCUCGUACGAUGAUGAAGGCGGAGGUGAAGAUGAUAUGAAUGCCUACGACAUUACGCCACUCAGGAUUCCCAUCGAACCGAAUGGCAUGAACGGGCUCAACGGCAGCAUCCUCAUGCAGCCUGGUCUCAUGCACAACGGCACCCUAAAGAAAUUGGGCGCCAAGCCGGGUUUGCUGCCGACGCUCAAGGAAGGCCCGCUUUCGGAUGUAUGCGAUUUCAUCACGGAGCACCUCGACAAGGUUGAUAACGACCCCAACGCGCCGCCAUUCGAUGACGUGCGCACCUAUGCUUACGAAGGAAGCGGAUCCACCGCUGGCUCUCUUAGCUCUCUGAACUCCGCUGGAACCGACGACCAGGAACAGGACUUCGAUUACUUGAAUGGUUGGGGUCCGAGGUUCCAGAAGUUGGCUGAUAUCUACGCUCAGCAGAAUGGGGCACCCGACGGAAAAGAGCAACAGUAA